AGUGAAGUGCUUGCAAUAAUUACGGAAGCCAUUAGCCAAGGUCCCGAAAGGGGCGGCCAACCGGGUGAGAUAUUUGCAAACAGAUAUGGCCUCCAAGUGGCUCCGCAUCUUGGUUCUACUUCUGCUGGGUCUUGCAACCUCCGAGUCGCCAAAACGACAGUUGAGCUGGUGGCACAAACAGUACUACCAGUCGCUAUGGCAACAGAGGCUGCGGUUCACGACGACUCCCCGGCCAGGAGCCACUCCCGAAUCGGAUGAAGCCAGACUGGUGUAUCCCUGCUACUGCUACAAGCCAACUCCCGAGGGCUUGGCCACUGCCAGUCCGGUGGAGCAGCGAAUGAUCGAGACCAAGGAAAUAUUCUUCUUGAACAAAUAGGGGGAUGUGCGGUAAUGAUGUACACAACGAUAUGCAGUCGAAAUAAAACAGGUAAAGUGUU